ACGACAGAUGACGGUCAAAGAAUGAUACGAAGAGAAAAGGACCAAUCACCUAGUCCAUCCGUUUUUCUUGGGCUUUCGUUCCUACUUCCUGGUGAUUUAGGGUGAGAGGAUGGAUUUGGCGGUCUAUUUCCUUGCUCGUAUACAGGUUGUCGAAAGCGGAGCCACGUUCAAGAAGAGGAAUUUCACCCUGGGCGGGUUCGCGCUCCAGACCAAGAAGGUGUUCGUGCGCGUCAAGCAGGAGGAAGGGAAUUGCACCCUUGUUUACAGGCAGGCUGAUGACAUGCGCACGGCGGGCACAGAAAUCCAAGCUGGGGACAUCAAAUCCAUCGACGCCAACGGUCAGGAGGGAGAGAGGGAGGGAGGGAGGGAGGGAGGGAGGGAGGGAGGGAGGGGCGCGAAGGGAGCCGGAGAACAAGCGCACGUGUUAGCUUGGCCGUUCCAAUGGUUGGAUUGCGUCAGGGCUCCUUCUCUCCUUGUGUGCGCGUACUCAGGCGCCAAGAGUAUGACGGUCCUGUCUAAGACAGGGGAUGUGCUUCUUGAGAUCGAGGCGGCGGAGGAGGCGCAGCGAGAUCUAUGGCUGACGGCGCUGAACGAGGUUUUGCUUCAUAACUUCAAGGUGAUGGGCGAGGACGGGGUCGUGCGGGGGCAGCCCCGGAACAUGAAGGAGAGAGCAGAGAAAGAGAGGCGCCAAAAAGACAUCGAGCUCAAAAGGAAGAGUACCGAAGCCAAGAAAGCUAAGUUCAUGAAGGAAGCUGGGGGCUUGAAAUAUACAGCGCUACAUAUGGCGGGAAGAGCGAACACGGCCGCGGGAGUCUCAGACGAAGAAGCGGGAGGAGGUGGAGGUGGGGAUGGCCCCAGCUAA